GUACAUUUAGACAAAGCGAAAUCAUUCAAUUAUAUACAGAAUUAAUGAUUAACAGUAUCAAUUAAUUUACCAAGUUUUGAAGAUAUUAAUAUUAUAUGAAAGUCAUAACAUAUUAAAUGUUUUUUAACUUUGAAAUGCACGAUCGUUAUCCACCAAUCUCUGGACCCUAUUACGUGUCUCAACCUGACAUGAUUCCAGGAUGUAGAAUAAUGACACUCAGCCGCGGCCCGUGUGACCUCGACAACAUGAGUCUGUUCCAAGACCUCAAACUAAAGAGGCGGAAAGUUGACUCCCGAUGUAGUAGCGAUGGUGAGUCGGCAGCCGACACCAGCACGUCGUCGCCAGAUCCGGGCCCACCGUCACCGCGCAUGGCCGAGGCCGGGUGUAGCACGCCGCCGCACCCACCACCUGUGUUCGACGGCGGCGGAUCGCCCUCGCCUUCUCCUUCGUGCCACCCUACAGUCAUCCGCUCUGCACCACCUUAUUCAGUCAUUAAAUUUGAGGGAGCUCCUGUUGUCAAAACGGAAUGUUCCCAAAUUAAUAAACACGAAUCUGCACCUUCAUCAGUUAAAGUUGAAGCUGCACCCCCAGAACCUCCUCAGCCUUAUAGGCCGCGUGCUCUUGCGCCACCUCCGCAAAGUCCGCAUACAGCGCUUUCACCAGGUCACUGGCCACCCGCUGCUUGUAUCAACGGUGUGAAACCGGAGCUCAUCGGAGGUCAUUUCCCACCUCAACCAUUAGAACAAAAAUCAGGAUCUCGAAAUACGCAAUGGCGCGGUGCGCCGGCUGUUAUCAUGGGCGAAUCUGGAGGUGUUCGGACUAUGUUUUGGACAUUACCUGCACCAGCCACUAGUGGUGAACCAGCAGCAAGUGCAUCACAUACACCAACACCACCAACCCCUGAUCCAGGCACGUGUAGUGAAGAAUCAGCAGCACGAUUGUUGCUUAACCUUGGUGGGGAAUUAAGGCGGCCAAGAGGACCAAGACUAGAUAUGGAGCUUCUCUGGGCUGGAGAUGUAUCGCAACUGCCAGCACACCAACAAAUGCAUGCUUUAAAUCUCAGUGCUGCAGCAGGAACUGUUUCAGGCUUACCAGGUGUUGCAAGUGCAAGUUCUUUAUCAACUCGUCCAGAACUUCGGACGUAUGCUCCUGAGGCAGAUCGUGAAGAGGAUGAACAACCUAUGAUAUGCAUGAUAUGUGAAGAUAAAGCAACGGGACUACAUUACGGCAUUAUAACAUGCGAAGGUUGCAAAGGGUUUUUUAAAAGGACUGUACAAAAUCGUCGAGUUUACACUUGUGUUGCUGAUGGUGGCUGUGAAAUCACAAAAGCGCAACGGAAUAGAUGCCAGUACUGCCGUUUUAAGAAAUGUAUAGAACAAGGAAUGGUUUUACAAGCUGUUCGAGAGGAUCGUAUGCCUGGUGGUAGGAAUAGUGGUGCCGUAUACAACCUUUACAAAGUUAAAUAUAAGAAACACAAGAAACCAAAUACGAAAGCAGCGACCACAGCAAGCCGAGCAUCACCACCAGAAAAACCUAAAGACCCUUUACCGCCCCUCCCACCGCACCUCGUUAAUGGAACCAUACUAAAGACUGCGUUAACAAACCCCAGCGAGGUAGUACAUUUGAGAGCGAGACUGGAAAGCGCAGUGUCAUCAUCUCGAGAUCGAGCAGUUCCUUUGGACAGAGCGUUGCAUAUGAUUCGAGCUCUCAUCGACUGUGAUGCUAUGGAAGAUAUUGCAACUGUACGUCAUCUACCUGAUCUGCUCCACGACACAUCCGAAAUCGGCGACAAACUUUGUAAAAUUGGUGACUCCAUUGUACAUAAAAUGGUCGCGUGGACAAAAAAGUUACCAUUUAUAAUGGAAAUACCUAUGGAGAUCCAUUCUAAGUUGUUAAUGGAGAAGUGGCACGAGAUCUCCGUUUUAACAACAGCAGCAUACCAGGCAAUGCAUGGGAAACUCGCGCAUGCACCACCAUCUUCGGAUCAUGAACAUGAUUUCAUGCAAGAGGUGAAUGCUAAUUUAAGGACAUUACAAAAUUGCCUGACAUCAUUGAUGGGUAGGCCGAUAACCCUGGAACAGCUCCGACUUGAUGUGGGGCUGGUGGUGGAAAAGAUGACGCAAAUAACCUGCGUGUUCCGUCGGAUUCAGCUCAGGAUGGAGGAGUACGUGUGCUUGAAGGUCUACAUACUACUUAACCAAGAAGUGGAGUUAGAAAGUAUUCAGGAUAGGUACGUGCAAGUAUUGCGGAGUUAUUUAGAACAUGCCGCACCCCACCAUCCUGGCAGGCUUCAGGAACUGUUUGCUCGGAUACCCGAGAUACAAGCGGCGGCAAAUCUGCUACUAGAAAGUAAAAUGUUCUACGUACCGUUCGUGCUGAACUCAGCUGAGAUCAGAUAGUACAUGGCGCAGCAGGGCGUCUAGUUCUCGAUGUACGAGCGGCAAAGCCCCCUCCCGCGCCCGCGCCAUCCCCGCCAGCCCUGCACCCUCGUCACAUAACCGACCUGUGUUCACUCCAGAGUCAGCAGAACGUUCCUACUCGACCGGACACCGACAAUAAACGUGGUUCGGAUCAUCUUCGGAUCGAGACGGAGCCACUAGAGUGCGUGGACUCCUUAUAUUCGCUAAACUUUGAACUGAGUGAGUGUGGAUAGUGCGGUAUUAUACCUUUGUUAAAUCGAUGUGUGUAUUGGCUUAUUGUUUAGUAGAGGAAUUAAAACGUCCCAAUUGACAGACUGAUUUAUCAUAAAAUAUAGAUAUUAUUUAAGUACCAGGGACUCGGAUGCGUGUUUUAUACGUGGUAGUGUAUACUACUUAGUGUUAAAUAGAGUAAAAUAUAUAAUUAUGUUACUAUUUAAAUACGUCAGUCGAAGAAUCGCAUAAUAUAUUAUUUCUGUACAUAUAGAUUUUAACUUAUCAUAGUUUUGUAUUUAAGGUCGUUGUUUAUAGACAUAAUUGUUUCUUGUAAAUGAAAU